AUGGCUUUGUCCAAUCAGGCUGCCACGUCUGCUACGGCAACCCCCUCGGACCCGGCACACAUCACCACCAAGAUCCAAUCAGCUCUCUCCCGCGAUUCUCCCUUCUGGUCCUUCGAGUUCUUCCCUCCCAAAACCACCCAAGGUCUCGCCAACCUCUACAACCGUAUCGCGCGCAUGCGAGCCAACCUCGAUCCCAGCUGGAUCCACGUCACAUGGGGCGCAGGCGGUACAACAGGCGGCAAAUCCCUCGAACUCGCCGGUAGAAUACAAAAGGGCAAACUGCACCCUGACCUCCAACUUGUACAGACCGAAGCGGAACACUUGGACUCCGGCCCACAACAGCAGCAUCUUGACAAUGUCAAAGGUGGUCAGCCAUGCGAGCAAGGUGGCUUGGAUGCAUGCGAUGUUUGUCUGCACCUCACAUGUACGAAUGUCGAGAAGAGUUCGCUCGAUGAGACUUUAGCUGCAGCGAAGAGGUUAGGGAUUAAGAAUAUCUUGGCUCUUCGUGGAGAUCCACCCAGGGGAGACGAGUAUUGGGUAGCAGCCGAUGAACGCUUUCAACAUGCAACGGAUCUUGUGCGGUACAUUCGUGACAAUCAUGGUCACUUUUUCUGCAUCGGUGUUGCAGGCUACCCGGAAGGUCAUGCUGAUUAUGUGGAUCGCGAUGUAAAACGCGAUCUUGGCUAUCUCAAAGAAAAGCAAGAUGCAGGUGCGCAAUACAUUGUCACUCAGCUCUUCUACGACGUCGAUCGAUUCCUGGCUUGGUACAAGGAAUGUAGAGCGAUCGGUAUCACCAUCCCCAUCCUGCCUGGCAUUAUGCCCAUCCAAAAUCACCAGAGUUUCCGACGAAUGACCAACCUAUGCAAAGUGCAAAUCCCCCAACCCAUCCUUGACGCCCUCGAACAGAUCAAAAGCGAUGAUGCCGCGGUCAAAGAAUACGGUGUUUCGCUCAGCAUCCACACGAUUGGUCGAAUCUUUCUCGAAUCCGACAUCCGUGGCUUCCAUCUCUGCUCGCUCAAUCUCGAAAAGAGCAUUGAACGCAUCCUUGAUGGGCUAAGAUGGAAGACAGACCUCGGUGCACAAGCCGAAGCAGAAGCACCACUCACGGCUAUCCCAGCACACAUUCAUCUCGAAAAGACGCGAAACCAGAUGCUUUGCGAUGAAACAGGAGCCCAGACACCUAAAGACUUGAAAGUUACCACACAAGAAGCUCUCGCUCGAACCUUAGCACGUACAUCAGCAUCGUACCAAGUACCAGAAACAACAACGUGGGACGAGUUUCCGAAUGGAAGAUACGGUGAUUCCAGAUCACCUGCUUUCGGUGAAAUGGAUGGGUACGGUGUCAGUUUGAAGGUGCCACCACAGGAUGCGUUGCGGAUUUGGGGUCAUCCUCUGACGCUAGCGGAUAUUUCGAAAAUCUUUGCUUCGUAUCUGGAGGAAAGAAUCGCAUGCAUACCUUGGUGCGAUGCUCCACUGAUGAGCGAAACAUUGCAGAUUCGGCAUCAUUUGCUCUCGCUAAAUCGUCUCUCCGAACCCUCAACCACAGACGCAGCACAGAGUGGCAAAGGAUGGUGGUCAGUCGGAUCCCAACCUGCUGUCGACGGCGCUCCUUCAACAGACCCCACCGUGGGAUUUGGACCACCUGGAGGGUUUAUCUUCCAGAAAGCUUUCGUUGAGCUGUUCAUGUCGGCUGCGGACAAAGAUCGUCUUAUUUCCCGCAUAGACUCGCUCGGACCGGAUGCGCAGAUCAGCUACUUUUCCGGGAACGCAAAAGGCGACUUUGCGUCGAAUUUGGGCGAUGGAGAGGCGAAUACAGUCACAUGGGCCGUCUUUCCAGGCAAGGAAAUCGUUCAAUCUACCAUCAUCGAAAGGGAAAGCUUUGAGGCGUGGAGAGAUGAAGCGUUUGAAAUUUGGAGCGAAUGGUCGUUGCUGUUUCCAAAAGCAAGUGCAAGUUGCAAGUUGAUAGAGGCAGUCAAGGAGGCGAGGUGGUUGGUGACGGUGGUUCAUCAUGAUUAUAAGGAUAUAGAGGCCUUGUGGCAUUUUUUGGCCGAGUAG